AUGGACACCUACGGCUUAAACACAAGCGUGGCCUCUAUAUAUGCUGUGCUGUUUUGUGAGUUCAGGACAGAAAAAGACCAGAACCCUCGAAUUGAGUGGAAGAAGAAAGGAAAGGGGGUGACUUUUGUUUACUUUAAUAAUAAAUUUAUUGGAACCUACGCAGGACGAGCCAGGAUGGAGGGCGCAACGCUGACGAUUCACUCCGUCACCCAGAAAGACUCAGGAGAAUACCGCUGCGAGGUGACGGCCAGUGAGGACCACGUCAACCUCGGAGAGGCAAUUGUGACACUCAGCGUGCUCGUACCUCCUCAUGUCCCAUCCUGCGAGGUGCCAAGCUCCGUGUUUGUUGGAUCAGGCCUGGAGCUUCAGUGUAAGGACAAACUGAGUGUCCCUCCUGCCACCUACCGCUGGUACAAAGACAACAAGGCUCUGACACCCACCGGAGAGUCUCCUUACAGCUUGGACUCAAGCAAGGGCACGCUGAAGUUUCAAAGUGUGUCCAAAAUGGAUGAAGGAAUGUACCGCUGUGAGUCCUCCAACAGUGUGGGAGCGCCUAAGAGCUGCGUGGCUCAACAGCUGAAAGUUAUAGAAUAUCCUUGGAAUAUGACCAUGUUAAUAGCAGGCGCUGCAGGAUUUGUGGCACUUUUCCUUUUGUGCUGCAUCAGUGUUUGUAUCUGCCGCCGCCGAGGCUGCUGCAAGAAGAGCAAGAAGACAAAAAGCUCCAAGCCUUACAACCCUCCACCUCCUCCUCCUCUUCCUCCUCCCAGCCGAAACCUCAAGCACUACAGACAAACGCAGUCCUUCAUGAUCUGA